AACGCCAACACGCUGCGGGUGCGGGACUGCCGCGGCUGCACCGUGCUCUGCGGGCCCGUCUCCACCUCCGUGCUGGUGGACGGCUGCAGGGAUUGCGUGCUGGCGCUGGCCUGCCAGCAGCUCCGCACCCACCGCACCCGCCGCUGCCGCUUCUACGUGCAGGUGACCAGCCGAGCCGUGAUCGAGGGCUGCGCGGAGGUCUCCUUUGCCCCUUACACCUGGAGCUACCCUGGUAUCGAGGGAGAUUUCGAGUCUUCUGGGCUGGAUAAAAACAAGAACAGCUGGAACGUGGUGGAUGACUUUGACUGGCUGGCGACUGACCAGCCCUCGCCCAACUGGAGUGUGAUCCCCGAGCAGGAAAGAAUCGGAUGCUGGGACUGA